AUGGUGAAAUCUGGACAGCGCCACCUACAAUUCAAUGCACACCAAUCAGUCGCUCAUCCACAACUCAUUGCAGCACACCAACCAGUCAUCCAACCUCAACUCAUUGCAGCAAAUCAACCAGUCAUUCAACCACAACUCAUUGCAGCAAAUGAACCGGUCAUUCAACCACAACUCAUUGCAGCAAAUCAGCCAGUCAUUCAACCACAAUUCAUUGCAGCAAACCAACCAGUCAUUCAACCACAACUCAUUGCAGCAAAUCAACCAGUCAUUCAACCACACCUCAUUGCAGCAAAUCAACCAGUCAUUCAACCACAACUCAUUGCAGCAAAUGAACCGGUCAUUCAACCACAACUCAUUGCAGCAAAUCAGCCAGUCAUUCAACCACAAUUCAUUGCAGCAAAUCAACCAGUCAUUCAACCACAACUCAUUGCAGCAAAUCAACCAGUCAUUCAACCACAACUCAUUGCAGCAAAUCAACCAGUUGUUCAACCACAACUCAUUGCAGCAAACCAACCAGUCAUUCAACCACACCAACCAGUUGCUCAACAACAACACAUUUACGCACAGUACAACCAACCAGCUGUCUAA